GUCGCGCGCAUUCUGCGAGAGCAAUAUGUUACUUGAAGUUGUUGGAGGGCUUCAGGUCAUGAGUUGUAUGACAUUUCAAAGAGUUAUAUGAGCAUAACUGCUUCCUCAGACACAGCCAUGGAGGACGAGUGGGAGGAAGAGGAGCAGCUGGUUGUGGCGGAGCUGUCUGGGAUGAUCAGCUCGGAUGUAAUCUCCAGUCGGCAGAGCACGUGUAAGAUCGUGGACAUCGACAGCGAGCAGCCCGUGAUGCAGCUGGGUCGGUAUCUGUUCGCCGGGGAGUACGAGGAUGCCAUCGGAACCUGCGUGAUCUUUGAAGAGGUCGGUGCAGGUUCUAGUUCAGCUCUUAAAUACAAAGGUCACACAAUGAAGAAACUAAAGCUUCAGCGGACGUUUCUGUCGGAGAGGAAGGAGGACGAGCCCGUCUCUAGCGGAAUAGAGGUGAUGACUCUCAACGACGAAGAAUCGUUCGGCAGGAAGAGCGCAGUUUGUCACUACCUGGAUCCCUUCGAUAUGGAGAAGUCUGUGCUGGACGAAUCUAACGAGUGCGAGGACCCCGAGAUGAGCGACGAAUCAGCGGCUGAGAUGGAGGAGACCGAGACCGACGCGCGAGCCGCGCUCCUGGAAGAUUGAUCUCUGCUCAUGUAGAUACUGCAUCGUGUACAUAUCGGUUUCUGCUUAAUAGAAAUGGUUUUGUAUUUUGGUUACAUAAGUCUAGUUUAUGUGUCUGUUCCAUUUGCAUAUUAUUUUAUUAAAGAUGCACAUCUAUUUCUA